UCUCUCUCUCUCUCUCUGGCCUUUUAAAUCUCUUAUGAUGGCUUCAUUUCUCAGAUUCUGCUAAAGGAAUUCGCUUUUCCACUUCAAAAAGUUUUUAUUAUACGUUCUGUAAAUCUUCCUUUUCAGCUUUUUCUUAGUUUUCGUCUUCGAUCUCUCUGUGUCAUUUGUAUUCUCUCUUUCGUCUUCUCAGAUCUUGUAUUGACCAUCUGAAUCGUUGACCCCCUCGAAUUUGUGUUCGGCUAAAAAUCCGACCUUUUUCCGGCUUAAAGCUCGAGACUUUAGAAAUUUCUUAAAAGGGUUCUCCAAUUUUUGUGUUGAGAGUGUUUUUGGUUUCUUUGGGUUGAUGAUGUUGACCCAAUUUGUUGGGUUGUGAAGUACUUAUAUGGAAGUGAUUGUCACAAGACAAUAACAACAUCAUCAACGUUAAACAAACAAGAAUAAGAUGACGCUUUACAUUCGUCGUGAAUCUUCCAAGCUAUGGAAGAGGUUUUGCUCUGAGAUAACGACGGAGAUUGGUCUUCUUGCUGAGAACUGGAAAUAUCUUCUGGCUGGUCUUAUCUGUCAGUACAUUCAUGGUUUAGCUGCUAAAGGAGUUCAUUAUAUUCAUCGCCCAGGACCAACGCUUCAGGAUCUUGGGUUCUUUCUUCUUCCGGAGCUUGGUCAAGAGAGAAGCUACAUAAGUGAAACCGUGUUCACUAGUGUGUUUGUUUCCUUUUUCCUGUGGACUUUCCAUCCAUUUAUUCUGAAAACCAAAAAGAUAUACACCGUGUUGAUAUGGUGCAGAGUUCUAGCAUUCUUAGUUGCCUGCCAGUUUCUCCGUGUUAUAACUUUCUAUUCGACUCAGCUUCCUGGUCCUAACUAUCACUGUCGCGAGGGCUCUAAAGUUUCCAGAUUGCCAUGGCCCAAAAGCGCUCUUGAGGUGCUAGAGAUUAACCCUCAUGGGGUGAUGUACGGAUGCGGAGACCUGAUUUUCUCAUCGCACAUGAUAUUCACUCUAGUCUUUGUCCGUACUUACCAGAAAUACGGCACUAAAAGGUUCAUAAAGCUGUUUGGGUGGCUCAUUGCAAUCGUGCAGAGCCUCUUGAUCAUUGCCUCUCGUAAACAUUACAGUGUCGAUGUCGUUGUUGCAUGGUAUACUGUGAAUUUAGUGGUGUUCUGUCUAGACAAGAAAUUACCAGAAUUACCAGAUCGGACUGCUCAGUUGCUCCCAGUAAACUCAAAAGACAGAACCAAAGAAGAGAACCACAAGCUGUUGAAUGGGAACGGUGUAGAUCCUGCUGAUUGGAAGCCGAGGGCUCAGGUGAACGGGAAGAUUGACAGUAACGGAGUUCACACAGAUAACUCAAUGAAUGGUGCGUGAAAACUUGGAGAAAAGAUCUAUAUGAAAGAAGCAAAUCAGUGGAGUCAUGAAGACAUGUGGUCUUUUGGUUUUCAAUGAUUUAUCGAAUUUGGAUUAAGAUUCUGUAGGUGGGGUAAAAGUUUUGUUUUUUGGUUGUUGCUUCCAGAAAAGAAGAACAGUAAUAGAGAGAAAGUUGCGGCAAAUGCUGUUUGUACAUUGUCCAUAUCCUUAUUCCCCAAGUAAUCAUCUUUGUUGAAUCACGUUGAUUUUCUUUAUGCCAAUUUUGUUACUAGAAAA